AUGAACAUUGGUUUUGAGAAAUCUGCCUAUGAUAGUUGUGUUUACAUCAAGUCAGAGAAUGGAAAAGCAGUGGCAUACUUAGUCUUGUACGUUGAUGAUAUGCUGGUGGGAGCUACAAACCUUGUAGAAAUUGGCACUAUAAAGCAAGAGCUCCAAAAGGAGUUUGAAAUGAAAGACUUGGGGGAAGCUCAAGGGAUACUAGGAAUGGACAUUCGCAGAGACAGAAGACAACCUAUUAAGCUAUCACUCGAGCAGCUUCCCAAGACUGAGACUGAAAGGUUGGAUGUGCAAGAUAUCCCUUAUGCCAACAUUAUAGGAAGCACUAUGUAUUGUAUGAUAUGCACAAGGCCUGACUUGGCACAUGGGAUAAGCGUAACCAGCAGAUAUAUGAGAGAGUUUGGGAAAGAUCAGUGGAUGGCCUUGAAAUGGAUUCUGAGAUACACUAGUGGAACUAAGAAUAUUGGGAUCCUUUUCAAGCAACAAGAAAGCAGUGAAAAUCCAUUAUUGGGGUAUUGCGAUUCGGAUUAUGCAACUAAUCUGGAUACAAGGAAGUCCCAAACCGGUUAUAUCUUCAUGCUCAACAACAGUGCUGUUGGUUGGAAGUCGACACUGCAGUCUGUGGUCGCGUUGUCCACGACAGAGGCUAGUACAUUACACUCACUGAAGCUAUCAAGGAAGAAAAGUGGCUAA